GGCGCGCGGCUGCCCCAGACAUGUCGGCUCCGGCCGGGCCGCGGGGCCGCUCCGCUCCCGCCGCCGCGCCGCUGCCGCCCGCGAUGCCGGACCUCAGCCACCUCACGGAGGAGGAGCGCAAGAUCAUCCUGGCUGUCAUGGACCGGCAGAGGAAGGAGGAGGAGAAGGAGCAGUCGGUGCUCAAGGUCAAAGAAGAACCCAAACCACAACCGACACAGUGGUUUCCCUUUAGUGGGAUCACUGAACUGGUAAAUAACGUUCUUCAACCCCAGCAAAAACAACAAAAUGAAAAGGAGCCCCAGACAAAACUGCACCAGCAGUUUGAAAUGUACAAGGAGCAGGUGAAGAAGAUGGGAGAAGAAUCACAGCAACAGCAAGAACAGAAAGGUGAUGCCCCGACCUGCGGGAUCUGCCACAAAACCAAGUUUGCCGAUGGGUGCGGCCACAACUGUUCGUAUUGCCAAACCAAGUUCUGCGCACGCUGUGGAGGCCGAGUGUCAUUACGCUCAAACAAGGUUAUGUGGGUAUGUAAUUUGUGCCGAAAACAACAAGAAAUCCUCACUAAAUCUGGAGCAUGGUUCUAUAAUAGUGGAUCUAAUACACCACAGCAGCCUGAUCAAAAGGUUCCCGGAGGAGUGAGAAAUGAAGAAGCGCCUCAGGAGAAGAAAGCAAAGCUCCAUGAGCAGGCCCAGUUCCAAGGACGCCCAGGUGAUUUAUCUGUACCUGCAGUGGAGAGGAGUCGCUCUCAUGGGCUCACAAGACAGGAGUCUAUUAAAGAUGGGUCAGGAGUGAGGCACCAAACUGUCAGUGACACCGCUUCAGACAGGAAAAGAAGUCCGUCAGUGUCCGGAGAUCAGAACAGAAGAUACGACCAAAGGGAGGAAAGGGAGGAAUAUUCACAGUAUGCUUCUUCUGAUAGCGCAAUGCCUAGAUCUCCAUCAGGUUAUGCUGAUAGACGAUCUCAACGUGAACCUCAGUUUUAUGAAGAAUCUGAUCAUUUAAGUUAUAGGGACUCCAACAGGAGAAGUCGUAGGCAUUCCAAAGAAUAUAUUGUAGAUGAUGAGGAUGUGGAGAGCAGAGAUGAAUAUGACAGACAAAGGAGAGAGGAGGAGGAGUACCAGGCACGCUACCGAAGUGAUCCAAAUUUGGCCCGUUAUCCAGUGAAGCCCCAACCCUAUGAAGAACAAAUGCGUAUCCAUGCUGAGGUGUCCCGCGCCAGGCAUGAGAGAAGGCAUAGUGAUGUCUCUUUGGCAAAUGCUGAACUGGAAGAUUCCAGGGUUUCUCUGCUAAGAAUGGACCGACCAUCAAGGCAAAGAUCUAUAUCUGAACGCAGAGCUGCAAUGGAAAAUCAGAGAUCGUAUUCAAUGGAAAGAACUCAAGAGGCUCAGGGACAAAGUUCUUAUCCACAAAGGACCACAAACCAUAGUCCUCCUACCCCGCGGAGGAGUCCCAUACCCGUCGAUAGACCAGACCUGAGGCGUACUGACUCAUUAAGGAAACAGCACCACUUAGAUCCCAAUUCUGCUGUGAGGAAAACAAAAAGGGAAAAAAUGGAAACAAUGUUGAGGAAUGAUUCCCUCAGUUCAGACCAGUCAGAGUCAGUGAGACCACCACCGCCAAAGCCUCAUAAAUCAAAGAAAGGAGGUAAAAUGCGACAAGUUUCAUUGAGCAGUUCAGAGGAGGAAAUGGCUUCCACACCUGAGUAUACGAGUUGUGAUGAUGUUGAGAUCGAAAGUGAGAGUGUAAGUGAAAAAGGGGACAGUCAAAAGGGAAAAAGAAAAAUUAGUGAGCAGGCAGUUUUGUCGGACUCUAACACCAGGUCUGAGAGACAAAAGAAAAUGAUGUACUUUGGUGGCCACUCUUUGGAAGAGGAUUUGGAAUGGUCUGAGCCUCAGAUUAAGGAUUCUGGGGUAGAUACCUGUAGUAGCACGACCCUUAACGAGGACCAUAGCCAUAGUGCUGAGCACCCUGUGACCUGGCAGCCAUCUAAAGAUGGAGAUCGCUUAAUUGGUCGUAUUUUAUUAAAUAAGCGUCUAAAAGAUGGAAGUGUACCUCGAGAUUCUGGAGCAAUGCUUGGCUUAAAGGUUGUAGGAGGAAAGAUGACUGAAUCAGGUCGGCUUUGUGCAUUUAUUACCAAAGUAAAAAAGGGAAGUUUAGCUGAUACUGUAGGACAUCUUAGACCAGGUGAUGAAGUGUUAGAAUGGAGUGGAAGGCUAUUGCAAGGAGCCACUUUUGAGGAAGUGUACAACAUCAUUCUUGAAUCCAAACCGGAACCACAGGUGGAGCUCGUUGUUUCAAGACCUAUUGGAGACAUACCUAGGGUGCCCGAUAGCACACAUGCACAACUGGAGUCCAGUUCUAGCUCAUUUGAAUCUCAGAAAAUGGAUCGUCCUUCUAUUUCUGUUACCUCUCCCAUGAGUCCUGGCAUGCUGAGGGAUGUUCCACAGUUCUUAUCCGGACAGCUUUCAAGCCAAAGCCUUAGUAGAAGAACACCGCCUUUUGUUCCUAGGGUUCAGAUAAAACUAUGGUUUGACAAGGUUGGUCACCAAUUAAUAGUUACAAUUUUGGGAGCAAAGGACCUUCCUUCCAGGGAAGAUGGGAGGCCAAGGAAUCCUUAUGUUAAAAUUUACUUUCUUCCAGAUAGAAGUGAUAAAAACAAGAGGAGAACAAAAACAGUAAAGAAAACAUUGGAACCUAAAUGGAACCAAACAUUCAUUUAUUCUCCAGUCCACCGAAGAGAAUUUCGAGAACGAAUGCUGGAAAUUACUCUUUGGGAUCAAGCUAGAGUUCGAGAGGAAGAAAGUGAAUUUUUAGGAGAGAUUUUAAUUGAGCUAGAAACAGCAUUACUAGAUGAUGAGCCACAUUGGUACAAACUCCAGACCCAUGAUGUCUCUUCAUUGCCGCUUCCCCACCCGUCCCCAUAUAUGCCACGAAGACAACUCCAUGGAGAGAGCCCAACACGGAGACUGCAAAAUAAAUCCUUAUGUUCAUAUAAUUCAGGGUCAAAAAGAAUAAGUGAUAGUGAAAUCUCCGAUUACGAUUGUGAUGAUGGAAUUGGUGUAGUAUCAGAUUAUCGACACAAUGGUCGAGAUCUUCAAAGCUCCACAUUAUCAGUGCCAGAACAAGUAAUGUCAUCCAACCAUUGUUCACCAUCAGGGUCUCCUCAUCGAGUGGAUGCCAUAGGAAGGACAAGGUCAUGGUCGCCCAGUGUCCCCCCUCCACAGAGUCGGAAUGUGGAACAGGGACUUCGAGGGACACGCACGACUACUGGACAUUAUAAUACAAUUAGCCGCAUGGAUAGACAUCGUGUCAUGGAUGAUCAUUAUUCUCCAGAGAGAGACAGUCAUUUUCUUACUCUACCUCGCUCCAGACACAGUCAGAGCAGUGAGCACCGUCACAGGGAUUGUGAAGCAGCAGAUAGACAGCCAUAUCACAGAUCCAGAGCAACAGAACAGCGGCCUCUCCUUGAGCGGACCACCACCCGCUCCAGAUCCACUGAGCGUCCUGACUCAAACCUCAUGAGGUCGAUGCCUUCAUUAAUGACGGGAAGAUCUGCCCCUCCCUCACCUGCCUUAUCGAGACCGCGCCCUUGCACCGGGUCUGUCCGGACGAGCCCAUCAAGUACCCCCGUGGCAGGGCGAAGAGGCCGCCAGCUUCCGCAGCUUCCCCCCAAGGGGGCGCUGGAGAGAAAAAAUGGAGUCAAGGAGAUAAAACCUUAUGAAGAAGUUACAUGGGAAGACCAGCAGAAAACGGUGAAUGGUACAAUAAGUGAUGACAAACCAUUGCCGAAAAAGAAACAGCAGUCUGAGCCAGGUGCUAUGGAUAUAGAGGAGAGAAACCGCCAAAUGAAAAUUAACAAAUACAAACAGGUAGCCGGAUCAGAUCCCAGACUGGAACAAGAUUACCAUUCGAAGUAUCGAUCAGGAUGGGAUCCUCAUAGAGGGGCAGAUAAUAUUUCCACUAAAUCUUCGGACAGUGAUGUAAGUGAUAUAUCUGCGGUUUCCAGGACUAGUAGUGCUUCUCGUUUCAGCAGCACAAGUUACAUGUCAGUCCAAUCAGAAAGGCCAAGAGGAAACAAGAAAAUAAGGCCAAAGGGAAUAGAAGAGGGAGGGCAAGGAGGGGGUAAGAAUGAGGAGGAGGAAGAGGCAAAGGAAGAAGGGAUUGAUGAGAGUGGGAAAGGGAAGGAGAUCACAGAAGCUUGUGAUAAGGAGCGAACCAGAGGAUCAGGAGACCAGGGAAAAUCACAAGACACACCCGAGCGAGGGAAAGAACGAGAACAGUGGAGUAAAGAGGACUUGCAAAGGACACUCUCCCAAGAUGAUGACAGUGUCUUUACGUCCAAAAUGCAAGGCAGACAAACGGGCGACCCGGGGAAGAGCGUGACCAGGAGCACCAGCGUGGGCGGCGACCUGUGCUCGCUGGACAAGAACGACGGCAGCCAGUCGGACACGGCGGUGGGCGCCCCGGGCACGGGCGGCCAGAAGCGGCGCUCCAGCAUCGGGGCCAAGGUGGUCGCCAUCGUGGGCCUCUCCCGGAAGAGUCGCAGCGCCUCCCAGCUCAGCCGGACGGAAGGAGGAGGUAAAAAGCUUCGGAGUACGGUGCAGAGGAGCACGGAGACUGGGCUGGCCGUGGAGAUGCGGAACUGGAUGACCCGGCAGGCCAGCCGCGAGUCCACCGAAGGCAGCAUGAACAGCUACAGCUCGGAAGGAAAUCUGAUCUUCCCCAGCGUCCGCCUGGCCUCCGACAGCCAGUUCAGCGACUUCCUGGGUGGCCUUGGUCCCGCGCAGCUGGUGGGACGCCAGACACUGGCCACUCCUGCGAUGGGUGACAUCCAGGUGGGAAUGAUGGACAAGAAGGGACAGUUGGAGGUGGAGAUCAUCCGGGCCCGCGGCCUUGUUGUGAAACCAGGCUCCAAGACACUGCCAGCACCCUACGUAAAGGUGUAUCUCUUAGACAACGGGGUCUGCGUAGCCAAAAAGAAGACAAAAGUGGCAAGGAAGACGCUGGAGCCCCUGUACCAGCAGCUGCUGUCCUUCGAGGAGAGUCCGCAGGGGAAGGUGUUGCAGAUCAUUGUCUGGGGCGACUAUGGCCGCAUGGAUCACAAGUCCUUUAUGGGAGUGGCCCAGAUCCUUCUAGAUGAACUGGAACUGUCCAACAUGGUGAUAGGGUGGUUCAAACUGUUCCCCCCUUCCUCCCUAGUAGACCCCACCUUGGCCCCCCUGACGAGAAGAGCUUCCCAGUCGUCUCUGGAAAGUUCCACAGGACCUUCUUACUCACGUUCAUAGCAGCUGUGAAACUGUGUCUCGGCAACCAGCGUUACAAAAAAUCCACAGGUCGCAAACCCUGGUAACACUGCAUGCUUACUGUCGUGUCUUCUGAGCCCGUUUCUAGGGGUGCGAAGCGACCCUGUGUCCUCAGAGGAAGUUGCGCACAUUGUGCCCUAGCGAAGGUCCUCAGGUGGCAAGCGGAGCGAAGGACUGUCAGGCCUGGCGUUCAGUGGCAGAAUUCGGGUCCAUGGAUUAAUCUCAAAGAAUCGUCACUUUCAUGCGACAAAAGCCCUUUUCAAUGGCACCUUUAUAUUUUUAUCGUUCGUUUUUCUUCAUUUAUCUGACCCGAAGCCCUGGUAUUCCACAGAAAUGGAGCUUUCCAGCAAUGAAGCCAUGUCACAGGUCCCGGAGCGAGGUCCUAGGAAGCACCAGGUGAAAAGCAGGAGACCAAAGAAGUGGCCGGGAGCCGUGUCUCCCAUCCCCGGCUGGGGACUCUGUGGGCAGCGAGACCGGCUGGCAGCUCACAUACUAAUGCCAAGAUGUGCCGGGCUCUGAAAACCAAAUUCCGUGGCUACACUGUACUGAAUGAAACUACAGACACUUUUUUUGCAUGGACACAGAUUAGCUGAAUACUUAAAUUAUUUUCUUGGGGCUGCAACUUGCAAAAAAAGAAUAAAAUCAGCCAUUUUCAACAAUUUAUAUUAUUUUUAAAAAUAAAUUUCACUAGUGCAUGGUUUUAAAACUGGGAGAGAAUGCAACAGGGUGAUACACAGACAUACCAUGUUUAUUCUUUAUCAGUCUGUAUUUUGGCAGACAUUACAAAUGAAGAUACUUUCUAGAAGAUACUUAAAAUUCUCUUUAUGUGACAAAUAUAAUAUAUUCAAUUUAUUUCCAUGUUAAAUAUGCAAAUCUUAUGAAGUUCAGUAUGUACAGAUUUUUCACAUCUUCCUUCCUUUCCUGUCUCAUUUUUCUUUUUUCUCAUAGUCUUUUAUUUUCUUUUUCCCUACCACAGUAAACCUUAUACUAAAAAAUGACAGGUUUUUGAUUCAUUCUCUCUUCUGCCCUAUGUUUGAUUCAGACCUGUAGAUGCUUCUGAAUUUAUGAAUUUCUCAAGGGAAAAAAAAAUCUGUUUAAGAGCUCUCUUUAUUUCAAGCAUGUUGGAAAGGGUUUUGGGACAUGGCUCGGGAUUACAGUGAAAUAGAUCAGCAUGGAUUUGACAAAGGAGAUAUUUGAACUUUUGCAAUUCAUUGUACAGUACAUGGUCAUUUUUUUUCACCUUCAAAAUUCACUUUAAAGGAAACCCCGAAGUCAUGUGGCCAUUAACUUCUAAUAAAUUUGUUUUAGCACCAGCAUUAUUCAUGUAAGGGUUAAAGUAUUGUUUCUUGGAGGGCUUAGAUUUUGUUUUUUAAUUUGUUAAGACAGUUUCUUUCGCCAGUUUCCAUAUACUGUGUGAAUAGACACACAGCUAAAAGUUGGAGCCCUAAAACACAGGGAAAUUUAUUCAUUUUUUUGUAGUAAAAUUCAAUUUUUCACAAAUUAUAUUUCUAAAGAAAUAUAGUAGACAUAAAUUUGCCACAAUUUUAAAGCUCCAGUUUUUAGAUGACUCAGAGAAAGUCACUAUGUCUAUGAAUAGUCCUUUGAUGCCAUCACCAAAAGUCUCCAGGCAAAUCCCUGAAGUCGAAACCUCUGCCUUUGGUUUUCCUGACAGCUCUUACCAUCCGGCAGAGCUGCUGGGUCAGACUUCUCAUUCCCUCUGAGAGGAGAAGUCACUGGGUGACAUCAUCAACCACCUGUACUUCCUGGGGUUUAUGUACGCCUUAGUAGCAUUCUUAUGGAUAGGUUUCAAUGUCUUGUAAUAAUUUUUGAAAUCCACAUUUAUCCCAUUUGUUUAAACGAAAGCCAUCCAUAAAAAUCACUUUUUUUUAAAUUCAGUGCUGAGCAUUAAAAAGUAUCAUGCUUGAUAUGCUGCAGAAGUUAAACCGAGUAUCCCUGUACAUGCCUUCUCUCUACAUGGUGCGAUAUGAACUAUACUGAGGCUGGUCUUGACAUUCUAGCUGUGUGAUGGCCCAGGCAAGGUUGUUCAAAGAACACAUAAAACUUUAUUGAAAUCAUUUAGACUCCUGUGUACCAGCAACAGUUGAUUUCAUAGACCUAGAGUGUCUAUGCCACCCCUUAGAAUAAAUGUUUGCCAUUUUCCUGAUCCAAGAGGCAGUCACACGAUCUUCUGUGCGUGUUCCUAUACAAAUUGUUUCUAAUUUUAAUAAGAAGGACUUGCCUGUGUGGGAUAUUUGUACAUACUUGUCAUUAUGCAGUAUUUAUUUAAAAGUCGAUGUGUUUUGUUUAUUUUCACAUGUCUGCACCUCGACUCGACUCGUGGUUUAGUUGCGUAAAUAGCAGUAAGCCAGUGACCACUGCUGCCCUGUACAUAGUGUGUUUUAACGUAAGGAAAUUCCAGUUGGAAAAAGGGCAGAUGAGUCCCGUAACAAACACCAACUAAUGUAAAUCAAAUUCAUUCUGGUGAUGGUAUUUAACACUUUAAAUAAAUCAUUUUCUUUAUA